AUGACGAAACUGCAAGAGGAGAAUAAUAAGCUGCGUGACAGGCUUUUGGAGCUGCUGCGGGAACAGCAAGCGGAAGCCAUCAGGCAGAGGCAAGAACAGCAUGAGACAAAGGCGAUGAUGGAGGAACAGCUGGCCCAGCAGAGGGAGGAGUCUCGCGAGCAGAAGACAAUGAUGGAGACACAGCUGGCCGAACAAAAGGAACGCUCUCAUGAGCAGAAGAUCAUGAUGGAAGACCAGCUAAAGCGGCAGAGGGAGCAGAUGGAGAAGCAGUUGGUCCAGCAGGAAGAAAUCAUCACCCUAUUGAAGAUGUCAAAAGCAUCUUGA